AUGCAAUAUGGCUUUGAUACUGCCGCUGUGGGAGGCCUGCAAGCUAUGCCUGGCUUUCUCAAGGUCUUCGGCUAUCCCAGCGAACAAAGUCCAAACGGAUAUGCCAUUGAUUCGACCUUCCAACAGCUGAUCAGCUCGCUUCUCACGCUUGGAUCCUUCCUCUCAGCCCUGUUGGCCGGCGUAUUCGGCGCGUACUUCGGACGGAAAACCGGUAUCUGGGCCGCAUGUGCCUUGAAUGCCGUGGCCGUCGCUAUCCAGAUCUCCACCACAUCGAAGGGAGCAAUAUACGUCGGCCGCCUCCUGCUUGGCCUUGCGAACGGUUUUCUAGUCACCUUCUCGAAUGUCUACACGUCAGAAGCAGCACCUGCUCAUCAGAGAGGAGUUAUUGUCGGGCUGUUUGGGUGGUGGGUCAACAUCGGCUCUAUUCUUGGGGGAACGGUCAACAAUUCCACGAAAGUGCGACUGGACAAGGCCUCUUACCAGAUUCCGUUGGGUUGCUUAUACAUUGUGCCUACGAUCCUGGCCGUGGGACUGUUCUUCAUUCCGGAAAGCCCUAGGUUCCUACUCCAUCAGGGAAAAGAAGCCGAGGCGAAGAAGGCGCUGGUCUUUUUGCGUGGGUCGGCGCUUACUCAGGGGGAGCUGGAAUUUGAAUGGGCUGAAAUGCUUCGUGGCCUCGAAGAGGAGAAGAAGAAUGCGAAAAGUGUUGCAUGCAUGGACAUGUUCAGAGGAACUGACCUGCGCCGCACACUACUCUGCUACGGCAUGAUCGGCUGCCAGAGCGCGUCUGGCAUAUGGUUCUUGAUCGCCUAUCAGACCUAUUUCCUCCUCCAAGGUGGCGUCACCAAGCCUUUCGAAUACACCAUCAUGACGAGCUGUAUUGGCUUCAUUGGCGUGAACGUAGGGAUGUAUACGAUGAGACACCUGGUCGGUCGCAGAAGCAUCCUCAUGAUCGGAGCCGCGGCAUGCUGUCUCUGCCAACUUGCGCCCGCCGUCGCCGCGAGCGCGACCGACGACAUGCGACUUCGUGCAGACAUCCUCACCGCCUUUGUCGCCCUGUUCAAAUUCUUCUACAACGGGGGUGUGGGCGUGGCGUCGUACCCUGUCGCGACCGAAGUGGUGAGCACGCGGCUGAGGGCCUGGACCGUCGGAAGCGCGACCGCCAUCGGGUAUUUGCUCGCCUGGUUGAUAAGCUUCUGUUCUCCAUACUUUAUCAACCCUGCUGAACUGGGCCUUGGCGCGAAAUACGGCUACGUCUGGGCCGCUGCCAACCUUGCCUGCGUCGUGUGGGUGUACCUGUUCAUGCCAGAGAUGAAAGGUCGUUCUCUCGAAGAACUCGACGAGAUGUUCGUCAACCGAGUGUCUGUGCGCAAUUUCCGCAACUACGAAUGUGCUCUGCGUCAAGAUGCCGCAAAUGACGUGUCCAUGCACGGCGACGGAUUGAAAAUGAAGCAGAUGGGCGCGACGCACGCCGAGGAAGUCGAGGUCGAAAGCCAAAAGAAGUGA